AUGGCGCUGCAGGAAGAGCAAAAAAAGAUUCUGUGUGUUGGUCUUGUUUGCCUCGACAUCAUCAGUGUUGUGGACAAAUUUCCCCAAGAGGAUUCUGACAGCAGGUGUUUGUCCCAGCGAUGGCAACGAGGAGGCAACGCGUCUAAUUCCUGUACGGUUUUGUCGCUUCUCGGAUCCCCCUGCGCAUUCAUGGGGUCGCUUUGUGCCGGACCUGUGGCCAGUUUUAUUUUGGAGGAUUUUCAGAGGUUCCAGGUGGACGUAUCGCUGCUACGCAAGUGCGGCUGCGGGGCACCGACCUCGCUGGUCAUCAGCAACAACGGCACGGGAAGUCGCACCAUCCUGCACAGCAACAGUUUCAUAGCGGAUGACUUCUUGCGUCGGUCCAUCGAUAUUUCGGCCGUGGCGUGGCAGACAACAGGCCAAACGCCGAGCGCAUGUUGCGUGGUUUGUCCGUCGAGUGCUUCUCGCACUGUACUGCUGGCCGACACUAACAUCGCGGAAGUGACAUUGGACGACUUUAACGCAGUGGACUUGAGUGCCUUCAAGUGGAUCCACUGGGAGGGGCGCAACGCCGAUGAGCAGGUGAAGAUGAUCACCCGAGUGGAACGCUACAACCAGACUGUGGCGCCGGAGCGCAUGAUCGUCGUCUCCGUGGAGAUUGAGAAGCCCAGAGAAAAGCUUUAUCAGCUCUUUGAUCGCGCCGAUGUGGUGUUUGUGAGCAAAGAUGUGGCUCGCCACCUGGGCUUCCAGACGCCGACCUGCGCCCUCCGAGGACUCCGACCUCGACUCCGGCCGGGAGCCGUCCUGAUCUGCGCCUGGGCUGAGAAAGGAGCGGACGCGGCUGAUGCCGACGGGACGCUGCUGCAUUCUGACGCCUUCCCCCCGGAGCGCGUACUGGACACGCUGGGCGCGGGCGACACCUUUAACGCCGCUGUUAUUCACAAGCUGGCCCGCGGUCGCCCCCUGCAGGAGGCGCUGACGUUCGGCUGCAGGGUGGCGGGCGCAAAGUGCGGCUUCCACGGUUACGACGACAUCGCCCACACAGGUUUAAUCUAA